AUGUCUGAAUUACGCCAAAGACAACCUGGCAUAUCUGCAGAACGCAACUCAAGGGAAGCACCUGUUGCCCGGCGCCAAAAGGGUGGCUGCGCGGAUGCUGCUCAAAGUAACGGGAUCAGUAUACUGGACAUUCUGCGAGUACUUGCCACGGUCGUCAUCGCUUCAUGUGGUCUAUCCUACUAUAUUACCAACUCCGAGUCCUUCUUAUGGGGAUACCGGCCAUGGUUCACUCGUUGGCCUGUAGUGAAAACCUACUUGACCGGCCCUGUUAAUCUGACCCCGGCCCAACUAUCUCUUUACAAUGGAUCAGACCCUCACCUGCCCAUCUACCUUGCCGUGAACGGCUCCAUCUUCGACGUAUCCGCUAACCCGGCCAUCUACGGCUCGGGCGGGAGCUACAAUUUCUUCGCAGGCCGUGAUGCCACUCGGGCCUUUGUCACUGGCUGUUUCCAGGAAGAUUUGACGCCGGAUUUGAUCGGUGCGGAAGAGAGAUUCAUUCCCGUUGAGGAUGUCGAAGGCGAAAAGAUCACCAAUGCGCAGAAGAAAAUCCGACGUGAACGUGAGAUGCGUCUUGCGAGGACGGCAGUGGAGCAAACGGUUAAUCGGUGGGAAAGCUUCUUCCGUAAUCACAAGAAGUACUUCCAGGUGGGAAAGGUGGUGGAUGAUGGGACGGAAGACCCGCUGAAGGGGAAGCGGGCUCUCUGUGAGGGGGCUGUUCAGCAGAGACCCAAGCGCAGCGAGAUGGAAGAAGGCAAAGUAUAG